ACGUUCUAUUAUUUUCAAAUGUCAAAUCGGUGGUUAUCAACAUAUUUACGAAGUGGUUCAUGAUGUUAGGAAAAUCAUAUUUAUUGCUAAAGAGUUUUUAAAGGAAUUUCUCAUACAAUUAAUCGGGCCAUCUGGCAUUAUUGGCAGACAUAAUGCAUCAUCACCAUCCACAUAAUACUACAUCACCAGCAGCAGGGGUAACAAAUUCGUCUUCCACACAACCACCCACCCAAAGAAGACGUAAAAAGCGUCCCAAUUAUGGAACCCGAACGGUAGAAGUUAGACGUGGUUAUAGUGGUUUUGGUUUUACCAUCUCCGGCCAGCAACCUUGUCGUUUAUCAUGUAUUAUACCAAAUUCUCCGGCCGAUCAGGCAGGCCUAAGGGCUGGUGAUUGCUUGAUAUCAGUGAAUGGUUCUAAUGUUUCCAAAUUACCACAUGAAACCGUCGUCCAGCUAAUAGGAAACUCCUUUGGUAGUAUACGCAUGCAAAUAGCCGAACAUUAUUACUCAGAUAGUACGGAUGAAGAAAAUGCUGCCACAGGUUCCCCAGCCAUUCCCUCCUUGGGUCCUUAUAGGCCUCGUUAUGUCUACCACAAGACCAAACAGCAACGCAUGAAAAAUUCUCCCAUGAAAAAAUAUGAAAGUCUUUUGCCUUUACCUCGAACAACACAACAACCUUCUAAAAAAUGUCCUCUUAAUGCGGUGAAAAAGCCAUUGGGGUCAGAGGUUAAGGUAACUGCUACCAAGCGUCCUUUAUCAGAAGAACUUAAACCUAGCUUUUCAGCUUGUUCUACUUCUUCUACUGUUGCCAAUGUUAGAGCCAUGGUAAGAGCCCCCUUAACCAGUGCUGCUUUGGAGUAUAGAGCAGUGGUGGGCUAUUUGGGUACCAUAGAAAUGCCCAAACAAAUUUCCCAUAGCAGUAAACUGCAAACAGUACGCUCCUGUAUACGCAAACUAAGGCAAGAAAAACGUACCCCCUCCACCGUUUUGAUGGUAAUUUUACCCGAUUGUUUAAAAUUGCUCUCGAAUACAGGCAAUGUCAUGGCAACUUAUGCCUCAUCGCGUUUGAACUAUGUGAGCUCUUCGUCAGAAAGUGAAAAUCGGUUUUUUGGUUUGGUAACGAGUGCCGUUUAUAGCUCGCCUCCUGAAGAAAACGAUGACGAAGAAGAUGCCUUAAAUAUGGCCUCACAUUCCUCCAACACCGAUCAUAUUAGCAUAUCAAAUUCUUGUCAUGUCUUUGUGGUCGAUACUAAAUUAUGCGAUCAUGCUCAACACUUAGCCAAAGCUCAAGAAUUUCGUAUAGAAUGUACCAAAGAUCCCAUAUCGAGUUUAUGUCUAGAAUUUCCUAACAAUUCAGAGUAUGUUGUGAAUCUUAUAAGGAGUAUGUAUACCAUGCGUAUAAUACCACCGGCCACUCAACGUUCCAUGUCAGAUGAUCCCAACCUGCAUGCUGGGGGACGCCAUCACAAUGCCACCGCCCAUUCGCCUCAACCCAGCAAUCAUAGUGAGAUUUCCACUACCACUUCAAAUUCAGAUUCCGGUAUAGGCUACAAUAAUGACUGUACUAAUAUUACUGACCGUAUAGUGGUUGUGGACUUUCCCCAACAAAGGUCUCAGGCUAACAUACAUGCCGCCUUAAAUAUUGGUCAACAAAGGCCUCAUAAUAUAUGCCAACAAGAUAUACAAGAAGAUAUAGCCUCUACUUCUUCGUUGGCGGCCAAUAAACGUUUAACCGUAAGAGCCAUGCCUGAUCCUAAAAUUCCCUAUAUUCUCAACAGUCCAGCAAGAUGCCUACUAACCUCCCGAUCAUGUGAUGAUGUUUUGAAUCUCUUGGAACAAGAAGCCGAAAAUUAUGAUAAUGAUCAAGAAGCUUUAACCACAAUGCCGCAGCAAUGUUACGCUUCUAUGGAUGAUAUAUCAUUACAUGCAACCCAAACAGCAGAGGAAGAAGAGCAUCAGUUUUUGAAACCCCUUAAUAAAACAGACACAAGUCAAGAAGAAAAUUCUAAUGAGCCUCUUCUGACACAAUCGCUAGAAGACAAGAAAAAACAAUUGAAAUUGCAAUUUGACACUUGGAAUAGUUUACAAAAUUUAUCAUGUCAAUCGGCCGAAAUAGUACUAUCUUCUCCCGACAAACUAGCCAGUACACCAGAUUUAUCAAAAAUUGAGGUAAGCACUACUACUUCACCAUUUGAAAGGGGCUGGGUGCAAACGUCCUUAAGAACUCCGCGAGCCGACAAACAUACCUUGCAAUUCUCUUUAACACCUGAAACUAAAAACAAUAAAAGGCCGGAAAUUUCAACGGUUAGUAGAUCUGGUUCUUUAACAACAAGUGAUGUGGAGCGCAAUUCUCUAAACUUUGGAAACUCAUCAAAUGAUUUAACAAAACCUUUGCCUAAAGGACCUACCGCCUGGGGCACGUCUAUAGAAGUGCUACUAGCCGAUCCGGCGGGAAUCAAAUCAUUUGCGGAAUUCUUAAAACUAGAAUACGCCGCAGAAAAUAUCUUCUUUUGGACCGCCUGUGAACGUUUUAGAAAUAUGGAGAAUCCGGCGGAAAGACAGGCGGAAGCUUUAAUAAUCUACACCAAACAUUUAUCAAAUGGCUCCUUUGAGCCGGUUAAUGUAGAUUCUAAAGCACGCAGUCUAGUGGAACAGAACUUAAAUAAUGCCGAUAAAAAUCUUUUCCAUCCGGCACAAAAACAAAUUUUUAAUUUAAUGAAAUUUGACUGUUAUCAACGUUUCCUAAAGUCCGAUUUGUACAAACAAUGUUUACAGGCGGAAAAAAAGGGCAAACCUUUGCCCUAUACAGGUGAAAAUCUAGAUGAACUACUUAAAACGACAAAUUUUUCCGAAAGUGCCUCAUCAAAGUUAAAGAAAUCGGCAAGCAACGCCGAAGAGGGGCGCCGACGUAGAAGUUUACUACCUUGGCACCGCAAGGCCAAUCAUGCCAGAAGUAAAUCUCGUGAUAGAAUAGCAAUAGAAAAGUCGAAUCAAGAAAAUGUUGCUGCCAUUCCAACCACAAAAUCGCUAUUAACGCCAAAUUAUGCUAUAUCGAAAUCAACGCAAUCAAUACAUGGCUCUAAAACGUCUUUGGCAUCUAUCGAGGCCAUACCAGUGGGAGAAUUGAAUAACAAUUUUUGUCGCGUUAAAUUUCCCGAUGGAGCCACCUCGGUUAUACAACUGAAGUCAGACGAAACUGUAGCUCAAUUGGUGGAAAGACUUUUUGAAAAACGUAAUCUCAAUUAUCAAUUUUAUGAUGUCUCUAUUACGGGACCACCACAAAAAAGCAUAGAACUGCAAUCCUUAGCUCAAGAACUGUCACGCAAAGAGAUUGAAAUCGAACAAAGGGUGGCUUUUAAGUUAGAAUUACCCACUCCAAAGGUGAUAUCGGUUAAAUGCAAACCCAAGAAACAAUUGUAUGAAGUAGUAAGACCCAUUCUACAAAGAUACAACAUCAAUCCCGAGAUAGUAGAGGUGCUAAUGAAGGAUACUCAAGAGAAAGUUGACUUAACUCAGCUGGUGACAUACAUCGAUAAUCAACGUUUGCAGGUGGUGUUGAAAAAAACCUAUCCACCUUUACCUCAAGCCAUACAAAAUCGAAAACCUUAUGCUCAGUCUAAAAACUCUAUUAUUAAUGGUUUACAAACUGCCCAGUCGGCAUUGGAUGAAAUUACCAAUAAUGUUUUUAGUGACUUAAUGGAUGUUAAAAAUCAGGAUGUUACCACAAAACCAGCAAAACUCGAUCAAUGUUCUUUGAAAUCAGAGGAAUGUAACUCUGAAUCUUCUUCCUUUCUUAAACGCAUACGCAAUGGCAAGAAAAAUGAAGACAUACUCGGCAUGAGUUUAAUUAAAUCAAAAAAAUCUCUACCAGUCACCACUGCAGCAGUAGCUGAAUGCAAACUUGCUAUUAAGGAGAAAAUAAAAGCUGGAGUUAAACAACAAUUUCCCUCAAAAGUGGCCGAGAAACAAGAUGACUUAUUAGAGGAUUUAAAACGAGCCCAGUUAGCUCGCCUAGAAGAUCAAAGGGGAACAGAAAUUAAUUUUGAAUUGCCAGAAUUCCUAAAAAACACAGAUAAUUUAAAUAGUUCCUCAUCAAGUUCUAAUAAUAAUGAGAAUUCCAUAAACACUACACCAGUGGAAAGACCACCACAACCAGCACCUCGUCUAUCUAUAAUAAACCCGAAUAAAACUAAACCUUCCUGUAUAUCGCCGAUGAAAAUUGAAGAGGAUCCAAAUUCCACAGAAGAUAUGGAAGAUCUAAAUGCCUCCAUAAAGGGACCACCACCAUUGCCACCAAAACCCAAGGUACUACCCAUUAAACCCUCCAAUUGGGGCGUUAAUAUCAGCCAACAUAAUAAAACAUCACCAUUGCCAACGCCUACAACUAUUAACAAUAACAAUAAGUUAACAAACGCCAAUGUAGCUGCCAUAUCAUCGAAUAAUGUUAUAGUCUCACCCAGUGCUCGUUGUGCCUAUUUGGAUCAACCUAGCAGUAGUUUUGUUUAAACUACCCACUUUCCUUAUCCUAAAAUAAAUGAAAAUAAUUUAAUGUAUAAAUUUAAAUUUGUUUAUUUUUAUAUUAUUUAAAUAUAGAUUUUAUUAAUGUCCUUAAUAUGUAUUUCUGUGUAAAUAUUUAUUGUAAUUUUUUUUCUCAUUUUUUUUUUAAAUGUAACCUUUAAAAGUAUUUUUCACUAAACAUUCUCUAUUUUUAUAUAUAAAUAUUUUAAAAAUAUUCAUGCGUAUUUUAGUUUUUAAGACUAUGAAAAAAAAAUAACUAAAUUUCUGUGUGUAAUUUUAUUUAAAAAAUAAAUUUCGAUAAAGUAUUAACCAAUUAAAAAA